AUCCACUGAAGCAGGGCGUGUACACGGACGUCGCCAUGUUCCAGUGGGUUUUUUCCCCUAUGUGUUAUCAACCGACUGCAGUUAUGCUACGUCAUGUACAGUCUUCGGGCUUGUUUCAAGUUCUAUGUCCUCCGUGAAAUGAUAGCUGACAGUGAAAAACGAAGCUGAAUUUUCUUAGCUGACAUACCGGUACACUGAGUGGUCCCUGAAACGUGAUGCACAAUUUCUCAAUUGUCCCGCUUUUGAAACCAGAGCCAGUCACUCCGACCAUAAUCGUAGAAGCUCAUGCAUCCCUCCCGCGCCCAAUACCUCUAGUCCUGGGAAUCUUAGUUGGUGCCCAAAUUAUCAUCAUCCUGUCAGUCUUGCUGUACGUCCUGGGGUGCAGCAGAAACCCCGACAAAGCCUCGUACGAUGAGAUAGGCCGAUCACCGCUAUCGCGCCGCUUCUGGAAGAAACUCCGGGCAAGACUGAGACGCCAGGACGGAGAAAGCUUCAUCAGGAAGACGUCCAAGUACAGAGUCCAGGAUUCCAAGUUCUUGGAGAAUUGGCGAGAGAAGAAGCGAGACAUCAUCGUCCCGCAGCACGUCCAGAGCUUCUCCGGUCCCAUCGAGUUCACCAUCCCGACCAAGACCGAGGCCCUAGUCCGGCCAAAGGCUUCCGAGAGGAUGAAGCAGUUCCCGCUGCCUCCCGUAAAGAAACCCAGCAAGGAUCCGUGGAUGUCUCCCAAGAGACGGAACCCCUUCCUGACCAGUUCCAUGCGAACCCGGAGCCUGCAGACCGAGGAUCAGAAGUCUCAGCUCGCCGGGGUGGAAACCCGAAUGUCCCGGUCGCACUCCGUCCCAAUCGACCUGGGGCAGGCGGUGGCAGCUCUGGCAGCCAAGACCGACCAAACAUCAGCCUACAAGACCGCCAUUGGACAAAUCGAGCCGGACCUGUACCGCAUAGACGAACAACACGAGCUGUACACACCGUCAAAAUUCGGGCUCGGUAAACUGUCCUUUUCGCUCUUCUACGACUGGCGCGAAAGCCAGCUGACGCUGUACGUCAUCCAGGCCGUACAGCUACCGGCACGCACGGAGCGCGCAACGGCCGAUAGCUAUGUCGCAGUGUCCUUAUUACCAGACGAAGAAAAGCGAUCGGCAACUUCAAAGAUCCAGCGGCGAACUCUCAACCCCAUCUACCGGCAGAACUUCAUCUUCCGCCUGCCGGAGGAAGAGUUCACCGACACGGUCGUCAAAUUGACGGUGGUUGGUUUGGACGGUUACUCCCACCCGGUCCAUAUCGGCCAGGUCGUGUACCCACUGCGCACGCACGACUUUGGCUCCUCCUCCAGUGACGUCAGCCAACCGAUUUGGCGCGAUAUUGAAAAGUUAGAUUCGCCAGAGGAACCCCAACAAGGUGACAUCCUGGUCUCUCUGACCUACUUACCCAAUGCUGAACGAGUCACCGUGGCCAUACUCAAGGCUCGCAAUUUACGCCUACCGGAAUCGGAAGAGCCAGAUACCAAGAAGCUAGUAAUGGACACCUUUGUCAAGGUGACGGUGGUGAAAGCGGACAAGGUGGUGAAAAACAAGCAGACCUCCGUGGUGAGACGCAACGACAAUCCCACUUUCAACGAGGCCUUCACCAUCGACAUGAGCUGUGAGAACGAACAGGUGUGUAUCGUGUUCGCCGUGUGUUUGCGAGUGAAUCCCUUCGCAGGCCACAAGACUCUUGGGCGAUGCCUGGUCGGGCCGAACGAGAAGGCGACGGGUGACGGGGCGGCGCACUGGAGGGACAUGAUGGCGACUCCACGGACCGCCGUGGCGGCAUGGCACCCGCUGAAAUAAAAUGCACCGAUCCAGUAAGCCC